GUGAUGGGAGUAACAGGAUCUGGCAAAAGCACUUUCAUUUCUCGCGUCACUGACGGAGGAGCGAAAAUUGGACAUGACCUUGUCUCUUGCACAAGUCAGAUCGAAAGCUUCCAGUUCCAGUACAAUGGAGCCACCGUUCACCUCAUCGAUACUCCAGGCUUUGACGAUACCAACCGGACCGACUCAGAUGUGCUCCGGGACAUCGUCUUCUGGCUGAAUGCCGCAUACAAAGAGAGUGUGAAGCUGAGUGGCAUUGUAUAUCUUCACCCAAUCGACCACAGACGGAUGACGGGCUCGGCAUACAAGAACCUACGUAUGUUCCGCAAGCUUUGUGGAGAUGAGAGUCUUCAGACUGUGGUGCUUGGAACAACUAUGUGGAGCCACGCCGACAAUCACGCCGAGGAACGCCUCCAGGAGCUACAAAACACUGCAGCAUUCUGGGGAGAUAUGAUGGCGAAGGGAAGCCGAGUGUUUCGACACGAUGACAGCCGCGCUUCGGCAAUGAAAGUGAUCAGCUACAUUCUAGACCAGAGGAAGACCACAGUCCUUCAGAUCCAACGACAGAUGGUCGACGAGGGCAAGUCAUUGAUCGAAACAUCUGCUGGUAAAGAGCUCGAGAAAGUACUGCUGCAAGAAAGGGAGCGCUUCGAGAAACGCCUGAAAGCAGCACGAGAAGAGAUG